CCACAGGUACUUCCUUUCUGAGUUUCAGUAGCAGAGAGAAACUAAAGACCUUGAAAGAAAGACGCCUGCAGCUCCUUGCUCGGCAGUAACAAUGCUGCAGCGAUGAGAUUACAGUGAGCCUUUCCUGUGUGACCUCCAUGGGUCCCACUCAACUCAGCACACAGGAUCAUGGGAAGAGGGUGGCAAGUGUAUUUGAGAUGGAGGAGGAAGGGCUUUCUCUCUUCCCUGGCUCAGAGAACCCCCCUGAGCAAGCAGAAAAUCCCCCCUUGAAGAGGAAGAAGGGCCCAGCCCCUAAGAUGCUGGGAAAUGAAGUGUGCAGCGUGUGCGGGGACAAGGCCUCCGGCUUCCACUACAACGUGCUGAGCUGCGAAGGCUGCAAGGGCUUCUUCCGCCGCAGCGUCAUCAAAGGUGCACAGUAUGUCUGCAAGAAUGGUGGCAAGUGUGAGAUGGACAUGUACAUGCGUCGCAAGUGCCAGGAGUGCCGGCUGCGCAAGUGCCAGGAGGCGGGCAUGCGGGAGCAGUAUGUUCUGUCUGAAGAGCAGAUCCGACUGAAGAAACUGAAGAAGCAGGAAGACGAUCAGACUCGAACAGUGGUGGUGCAUCCAAACCCUCCGAAUCCGCCAAGCCCUUCCCAAAAGCUGACGCCUGAACAGUUGAACAUGAUAAAAAAGCUUGUGGCGGCUCAGCAGCAGUGCAACCAGCGCUCCUUCACAGACAGGCUCAAAGUGACGCCAUGGCCCCAGGUUCCUGACCCUAAUAACCGUGAAGCAAGGCAGCAGCGUUUUGCUCACUUUACAGAACUUGCAAUUAUCUCUGUGCAAGAGAUUGUGGACUUUGCCAAGCAAUUACCUGGCUUCCUAGAGCUCACCAGGGAAGAUCAGAUUGCUUUAUUGAAGACAUCUACCAUAGAGGUGAUGUUGUUGGAGACGUCUCGGCGCUACAAUCCAGAGAUUGAGAGCAUCACCUUUCUUAAGGAUUUGAGCUAUAAUCGGGAUGACUUCGCCAAAGCAGGUCUGCAGUUUGAGUUCAUUAACCCCAUCUUUGAGUUCUCAAAGGGAAUGAAUGAGCUACAGCUCAACGAUGCUGAAUAUGCACUUUUAAUCGCCAUCAAUAUUUUCUCUGCAGACCGACCGAAUGUGCAGGACCAGUCCCUGGUGGAGAGGCUGCAGCACACCUAUGUGGAAGCCCUUCAUUCUUACAUUUGCAUCAAUAGACCAAAUGACCGCCUGAUGUUUCCACGGAUGUUAAUGAAGCUGGUCAGUCUUCGGACACUAAGUAGUGUCCACUCCGAACAGGUGUUUGCCCUUCGGCUGCAAGACAAGAAACUCCCUCCCCUGCUCUCAGAAAUCUGGGAUGUGCAUGAGUGACCGCAUGCUCCCAGGGCACUGAUGUGUCGACAUAACGCCAUCUCCCAGCCUUUGCUAACGAGAAGCCAGCCUCCCCCCUCCAAAGCACCGAACCCUGGGCUAGGCAGUGCAGGGAGUGAUGAGCCUGGGGUUUUGCUGCUGUCAUGAGACAGUGCAGGAGGCAGCUGGGAUAGAUCAGAUAGGGGGGGGCUGGUUUCGAUGUAGUGCCCAUACCCCGAAGGAAUAACAUGAAACAUCAGAAAAUGGUAGAAAUGAAGACCUUCCCCACACACACAUACACCUCUUUCUUCAGAAUCUUUCUCUUCUCUAAGCAUGUCCUGAGGGUUUGCCCAUUGAUCCUCUCCUCUCUUGAUGAUUAUGAAAAUGAAUUUACAGGAACUUGCCAAACCCUCUCUGUUGAGAGUAACCCAGCUCAAAAGGCUUCUGCAGGGUCCCCAGUGUACCUGGAUCUGAGGAGCUCAGGGAAGUCAAUGUGGAUGUUCUGGGGAUUUCACUGGGUUUCCUACAAAUAAAAUCUCUUGUGCGUGCUGCCCUAUAAGAUGAUUCCGAGAGAAGUAGCUGUUAUUUCUUUAUUAUGAGACUUUAUCUCUAGAGCUGCCCUUUCAUUCUGGCCCUCCUUUGGAGAAAGGAUCCCUCUAAUGCAUUAGUGCCCUUUGUCUAACAGGGAGGUUCUCUGGGUAGGGAACAUUUGUACAUCAGAAGGAUGUCAGGCAUAAAUUAGUGGAUUAUUUUUAAUGUAAUACAUCAUGGUUUUGUCUCAUGGUGGUUCUCAGCCAGUUCACUUAACCUUUGAUUUGCUAACAGCUGGAAAAACAAAUCAGGGCAUAGAUUUUU